AUGACGAGUCUUUGUGAGGUUUGCGCCUCGGAAGCUUUCAAAUACCGAUGCCCUACUUGCGGGCUUAUGAGUUGUUCGCUCGCCUGCACUCAAUCCCAUAAAAUCUAUUGCGCACCCAAAGCACAGUCGACUGAGCCCUUGAACGAAGCGACCAAUACUGAGAACCCAUUAAACGCAACCAAUGGACUUACAGGCGAAGAAACCCAGUCGGGCUUCGAUUUUAAAGCGCCCAAGUUUCUAUCACAAGCAAAAGAUCUUCUUGAACAGUAUCCAUCACUUCGUGACCAACUGCGAGAUAUAUAUAAGGCUACUCUGCAGGAAGAGUGGGUGGAGUCACCAGUGCAUGGAGAUAGGACACGACAAUUUGGCAGAGGCAAGCCAAUCCGUCGUCAUCAUGGACCAUGGACGCGCGAGAAGGGGUUCAACAGGGGCCUGGGAAAGGUUCGAAAAUUCAGAGAAAGGUGUGAAGAUGGCUUGGAAACUGGGAAGAAUGCACAAGGGUUCAUGCAACUCUUCACUUUGGUGAACGAAGAAAAUACUUCUAAAGCACCUUGA